ACAGCUGAGUGCAGAUCCGUAAGUAGUUGCAUUUUGCAUUUACUACAGAAAACACACUCGGCAACUAUGAACUGCGGUUGUACUUGGCUUGUGAUGCUGCUUCUGGCACUGCUCGGUACCGCCUGGGGCUCCAGCUGUCCGACCGGCUUCAGCAGCGAGACGAAUCUGUGUGUCAAGGAACGGCCCGUGCAUGGCACCUGCCCGCCCGGUUCGACCUAUCAGCUGAAUAUCAAUAAGUGUGUGCAUGCUUAAGGUCUCCGAUAUAUGUGUAUAUAUAUUUUAAAUAUUCCUAUACAUUUUGUGCCCAAGGUAAAGACAACCGCGGCAAAUAAAUCCAAAGCAGAAAAGAA